CGGCACGUCGGUUUCGUCACUCAUCGCAUUUCAUUCAUUCUUCAUUCAUUAAUCGUACGGGUCGGACGACGGCCGUGUCUCGUGCGAUAAACAGCUCCACCACACGCGGGGACUGUUGUUUGUUGUGUUGUUAUUUCCUUUAAUUGUUAACGCAAAUUUGUGCUAGUGCAAGCAAAAGAAAGGAGGAAAUUAAGUGUGUACACAGGGUGCUGGUAGUGAGAAAGAUGAAAGCACAGAAAAAUGAAAUACAUAAAAUGCCAUUCCUCACCACCGCCUGCUGCAAUUUUUAAAUUGCGCACCCCAUUAAUUUGAAUUAGGUUUGAAAAAAAAAACCGUUGGUGUUACAUUCGGAUCGAAGUUCGUGUGAAGUGUGUGCGUAUGUGUGUGAUUAUCGUGGAUUCGCGUGAAAAUUCAGCGCCAGCGCAAAGAAACAAAGCAGUGCACCACUAUUUCACUAAAAUAACCGUUAGUAAACGGUGCACGAGGAAAGCAAAAGCAAGCAAAGUAACAACAUAACAGUGACACCCCCCCAGACGUCUCGUACUGACGGCAGGUACGAGUGGUACGAGGCAAACACAAACCACCGGCUGCACUGUUUUUGGGGUGGUUGGCAUAGAUUCGAUGCCAUUAGCCAGCCAGUGGCAUAGCUUACCUCGGUCUUGCCUCGGUCGUAUUUGGAAGUUUGCAGUGUGCGUAUUAUGGUUACUAAACUUUGUCGUGCGGUGAUGAGGAUCGUUUAAGCAGUGUGUGUAGUUGCUGGUGCGCGCGUUGUUGCUAAUGAGAGUAAUCGAAUAUUGCCAUUGAUGUCUAAGUUGAUGUCUAUCUUGGUGCGAUCCAACUGGUACGGAAUGCAAUGUGCUGGUGGGAGGGUUGUUGGAGUGUGAAAAGCUGGUCGCGGGGGUCGUGGAAAACAUCAUAAUUGUGUAAUUUGUGCUCGGGGGAAUCGUUCGUUCCUGCUCUUUCGUUGCUGUCAACUCUCCGGCAUUAAACAACUGGCCCAACAGCGAACCCGCUUCCUCGGGAGAACCUCGUAAAGUUCCACACCUUAUUGUUAAAUCUUUACCUUGUGCCAAACUGCUGCUGCUGCUGUGUGUGUGUGUGUGUGUGCGCUGUUCGUUAACUCAAAAAUGGUUUCGAUAAGAAAUUGUUUAACAAGCAAUUGAGUCGCUACUGUGAGAAGUGUGAAGAAAACAGCCGGAUGGAAGCAGAUCUUGGGAGAUGAUCAAACACAAGAUGGAGGGCUGAGAUUGCUGUGCAGCAGCGGGUUUUGUGUUCUAGUUAGUGAGCCGCAACCACUGAUCGUUCUAAGCUGCGAGGAUCGAACACAGGAAGGCAAGAUGAACGAAUCCGAUUCGCGGCCGGACCAGCAUCACCAUCACGACGAUGGUCAGUUCUGUCGGCUGUGCUUCCACCAGACGGGCGAUCUGUGCCCGCUGUUUCCUUCGGCCAACAUUCCGAACAAAGCGCUGCUUCAUAAGAUAUUCGACUGCACCACCAUAACGCUAAGCCUGCGCGACGAUCACGAUGCAAACAUAUGCGCCAACUGUAUCGUCAGCAUCGAGGCCUUCUUCAAGUACAAAACCAAGUGCGUGGAAAACGAUCGGUUGCUACGCAAGAAGCGCGUCAGUUUCUUUGCCGGGUUGGGGUUAGCGGCCGAUCCGGGCGACCAGCCGUCCCAGUCGACGAAUCAGCUGACGCUCCUGCCGCACACUAAACGGCGCCGUUUGUCCACGAAUGGCGAGGGUGCAGCGGAUGAGCAGGACGAGGAGCUAGCCACGGUGGACCGUAAACGAUACCGAUCGGCGGCUGUUCCGGAAGAUGUAAAGAAGCCGCAAAAUGGCACCGCACUGGCGGAAGGCGCGGAUGAGGACGACGGUGCUGGCGAUGAGGAAACCCACCAGAAGAAACAGCUUGUUGCAUCGUAUCAAAUUAAGCAGGAAGCUCCGGAUCCGGACGAUGAGACCGACAACCGCAAACAGGCGUACGAGCAAGACGACGACGAGGAGGAGUACUUCAAUCCGAACCAAUUCCUAGCUCAGGAAACUAAGAUCGAUGAGGAAACGGUUGGCGAUGAGGCUGGCAACGAUGGCAGCUCGGAUGGCGAUGGAUUUGUGCCGAAUGGUGCCGAGGAUGGAUCGACGCACGUGCAUCCUUCUCCGUACGAGCGUGGUUGGAAAACGAUCGAGUUUGCACCGCAGCCAGGUUCGUCCGGGUUGAAAACGUUAAAAAUUACGGACUAUUCCAACAUCACCGGCAAGCGUGGACGACCGCAGCGGUUUAUGGCGGAAAUGCUGUCGAUGGCGGCCGGGAGCAAUAACGUGCCGCCGUACCAUCAUGGUGAAGCCGUCUAUCAGCAGUUGCAGCGAUUGAACGGGCUGGCAGCCGGAGGAAGACUUCAUCAGCCCGAUGAAGUGGCAAGGCUGCCACUGGCAUCCAACCCCACGACGAGCACUCCGUCGCGAAGCCUUGGCGGUGUGAUCGAACCGACGAAAAAGGUGCAGAAGUUCCUGGACGAUGGUUUGCGGGAGUUGAUCUACAAUGCGGGAGCUCCGAAUCCGCACUACUCCAGGGAUGGUGGAUCAACGGAUUUCAAAGUCGUGAAGGCACGCUUCAACUCGUACAACAUCAUAUUCGACGACAAUCGAUUUCUGCGCCGCAACAAGUCGGUCAGCGGUCUUCCCAAGUGGUACUGGGCGUGCAGCGUUACCGGCUGUCCGGUGAAGAUAUGUAGCUACGCCGGUCGGUUGUUUAAAACGAACGAGCUUUCGCACACGCACGCCCCCACGGAACCGGACGCCGACAGCAAGUACGAAACCAUACAGCCCGAUCCGGUCGAAGCGGAACAGUUGCAGCGACAGCUCCUGCUCCAGCAACAGCAACAGCACCAGAUGCAGCAGCAGCGUCUCCUAAGGCAGCAGCAGCAGCAGCAGCUCCUUCGCCAGCGUCAGGUAGAACUUACCCAGCGUCGUGUUGCGGCCGCAGCAGCACUAAUGGCUGCCGCCGCAGCGAACGCGUCCCGUGGCGAUACGCAGGAGCAGGAGCAUCACACAAAGCACCAGGCGGAAAGUAGAAGCGGCAGCAGUAGCAUGGAAGAAUCGAACGAUCCACGCAAGCGCUACGAACUGCGACUGGCACCCGAUGGUACGGAGCUGCUUCUGUACGCGGGGCACACGCACGGACUGAUUAUGACGCGCAAGGAUGGCGUUCGGGUGUACCGGUGUACGAGUGUGGUCGGUGGGUCGGACGAUGUGGCUGGCCGACCAUGCACGGACACGGUGUUUCUGCAAACGGACGGCCGCAUUGCGAAGGUGUGCAAGGAGGAGAGCGUCGACUACGAGAUGGAGCUCGUCCCGGUGGAACACGCACUGUCGGAACGCUAUCAUCGGGCGGCCGAAGAGGACGAUAAACGUCGCCGCCCGCAGAAGAUUAUCGUGUACGAGGGCUACCGGUACAAGUACUGCCAUGCCCGGCCCGAGGGUAGCUUCUACUGGCGGUGCGUACUGCGCCACGACACGGACUGCCUGGCGUCGAUCCAAACGAAGCGCAAUCUCGAGUUUUUGAACGUGAACGAUCAGCCGCACAAUCACGACCCGCCGGACCCUUCGGAACCGCACGAGAACGCGAUGCUGUGCGAGAUCCGGCUUCCGGUCAAGGGUGAACCGACGGAGGGGUCGACCGAUUUUAAGCUCGUCAAGAGCGGGCAAAAGCGAGAGUUUCUCAUCUACAAGGGCUACCGGUACUACUUCCAGUACGAGUCGAAGAAUGGGCGCCGGUCGUACCGGUGCACGAUGUUUAAGAACUGUCCGGCGGGGGCGUUUCUGCUGCCGAACAGCACGAUCCAGGAGGCGAAAAACUUUAUCCACACGCAUCCACCGGUCGAGGAUAUGGAUAAGUACAUCACGAAGGACAGCCUGAUCACGAGCCCGAUCAAACAUCCGUCGGACGGUGGUGCCGCCAAACGGUCGCUGGACGCGGUGGAGGAGUGGAAGAGCGCCGGAGGUGGUGCCGGUGGCAAUGGUGGCAGUGCGGGUGGCGUUGAACCGCUCAGCAAAGAUCCGGAGGUGGCGCGCCGGAACGGGUACCGAAUCAUCAAGAACUACAAAAACAAGGAGAUCAUGAUCUAUCUCGGGUGGCGUUACUUCGAGGACUACAAGAAGAAGAGCGGGGGCCAGGUGUGGCGCUGCUCGUCCCAUCGGUUGUGUCGCGGCUCGGUACACCUGUUCCCCGAUGGGUCAAUCAACUUUGCCAAGCUGGUCGAUCACAACCACUCGCCACCGAAGAAGAUCAUAAGCCACUCGUCGGUGGAUGGUGGGUUUGUGAAGGGUGGAAUGCUCGACGGUGGUGCGGCUGGCGAAGCUCAGCUGUCCCUGGCCCUGGUCGAUGGGAAUGGUGGGGUGGAGCCGGUGUUGGGUGGCGGAGGUACGUACCAUCGCUACAUCACGCACCAGGGCCACCGGUUCCGGUUCGCUACGCGCAAACGCGAAGGCACCAUUUACUGGCGGUGUGCGAUGCGCCUGGAAACGAAGUGUCCGGUUUCGUUCCACACGAAGGAGGACACGUACGAGCUGGUGAGUACGCGCAACCACGAACACAACCACCCGAUACCGGCGGUUUGGCCGGAGGUGGCCGGGGGACAGAUAAAUGAAGCGCUGCCGAAAGUGCGCAUGCCGGCCGAGGAGAUCGGGACGACCGAUUUCAUGCUGACGAAAAAUUCUAAAGGCCGCGACCUGGUGCUGUACCGGAACGGGCGCUUCUAUCUGGACUACUCGCGGAAGGAUGGGAAGAUUGUGUUCCGCUGUUCGGCGGUUUCGGGUUGCCGAGCGACAGUGCUAUUGCUGCCGAACAAAACGCUACAGGUUCCGCCCGACUUUAGCCACAAUCAUCCGACGGUCGUCGAUGGUUGGGACGGGGGAGAGUCGACGGUGCUGGACGGAAAGCCAGCCGCUCCCGCAAUGUCGGAACCAAUCGAGCUAAAGUCGGACGAAGAGGAGGAAGACGCGCCCGUCCCACAGCCGCGGGCGAGCGAAUCGAUGCUUCCGAAGAUCAUCCUCUACGAUGGAUUUCAGUUCCGCUUCAUCUCGCGCCAUCCGACCGAGCAGAGCGCCUUCUUCCGGUGCUUCAACUUUGACGCCAAGCAGAACCAGUGUCACGCCUCGCUCUACACCGACCUGAAUGGGGUCGUCGUACAGACGAAUCAGCAGCCGCACAAUCACGAGCAGGGCGAUUAUCUGAUGGGACCGGACAAGUACCACCACCAGCAGCAGCACCAGCAGCAGCGACAAAACGCACACGAUCUGAUCGGUACGCAGGACUACAAGAUCGUGAAGAACUGGAAAAACCGUGACGUGCUGGUGUUUCAAAACUGUCGCUACUUUCUGCACUACGUGCGCAAGGACGGGCGCAAGGUUUGGCGCUGUUCGGCGAUUCGUAGCUGUCACGCGGCCGUCUACCUGAAUGCGGACGGCACGGUCGAUCAGUUCCGGGGCCAGCACGUGCACGAGAUACGUCCGGAAGGUGAACCGAGGCGACGAAGGCGUCGGAAAAAGUCCGAGCUAAUGUUUCCGUACGGCGUUGGAUCGGGGGCGGCCGGUGGUAUGUUUAGCAAUGCAGCCGGAAUGCUUGCCGCGGAACUGAUGGCUCGCGGUGCUGGUGUCAGUAUUAAUGGAGCGGCUGCGUCACUGAAUGGUGGCGGCGGUGGCCAUUUGGGAUCGAACGAGUGGAUCGACUAUAGCGAUUACGGUAUACAGAUGAGCGGUUCCCCGAACGAGACAGGCGAAAGCCUAGCAGCGGGAGCAGCGGUAGCGGCCGGCCGGGCGAAUGACGAGAACGGGGCCCACUCACUGUGGGACCAGUUCGCUGCUGGACAGGGUGGAACCGAUGGGGAAGGAUUUGAUCUUGCCUACCAUUCCGUGUUCGGCAGCCAGGAAAGCUUUAACACGUAUGCCGUCCAUGCGCUUGCACAACAUCACCUGCAGCAGCAGCAGCAGCAGCAGCAGCAACGCUCAGCCGCUCGUCUUCAGCAACAGUUGCAUCAACAGCUGCUACUGAAUGGGGCUCGUGGUGGUGAUGGCCAGCAAGACCGUGCCUCCACGCAGCAGCAGCAGCAGCAGGACCACAGUGGCAGCGAGCUGGAAGAGUACGAUCUGUCCGGUGCUGCCAGCGGCGAUGAACAUCCGCUGAUCGACAUCACGCCGGAAGUGAAGAUCGAAGGUGACGACGAUCUCUGAUCUUUGGCCGGCCGGUACCGAUCGAUCAUUCGUUGCAACUUCUCACUGCAAGCAUAAACAAAAGACAACACACACAAAUCGUAUACGGGAUGAUGGGUAGAAAGGGAGGAGGGACAUUUUUCUAAAGACUUUUGGCCAUUUUUGUUAUAGAUGUACGUGUUAUUGGUAUGAGCUUCCCGUUUGUUUCUUUGUUUUUUUUUCAUAACCAUUCCUUGAGCGAAACCAGUCAAAAUUAGUUCUUACGCAGCGAGAAGCGAUCUUCUAGGAAGAAACAUUUACAAGCGUAUAGGUAUUUAGUAGGGAAAAUCGAUUUGUAAACAUUAAUAGCUCUACAUUGGCUGCACCCCUGAUCUGGGCUUGUGUGGUGGCAGAGGAAUCUGCUCGCGUGUGUUGGCAGUAAACAAACAAAAGCAAGGAGAAGGCACGAGGACCCGUUCGAUUGACGGUUCGAUAUGCUAAUUCUGGAUGUGUCUCGAACCAUCAAAAGGUUAUUCAUCUCUCUCUCUCGUUCGCGCUCCCCACAUUAGACGAGGCAGGCUCGUGCACUGUGCUAGACAAAAUAUGCGACGAUCGCCACCAACAACAUCCCCGGUGGAUAAGGGGUGUCUAGACACACGUUCGGGGUGGGUUUUUUUUUUGGUCAGAUGUCUAGCCUCGCUGGUCGGUCUCAAGGCCUUGAUCGAAACCUGUUUGAUUAGGGCAGGAGCUCGGAAGACACAGACGGAGCGAGCAUCCCAGCGAUCCCACCACCUUCCCCCCCCCCCCCCCCUCCGGUUCGGCGCUCAGUCUAGCAUAAAUUACUACCUGGUGUGUGUGUGCGUCACCAGGGUUUUGUCAUGAGACAUAGCGAAAGAAAGCAAAACAACUUUGCGGUGCCCCCUUUGCGACAAAAGCUCGCAUUGACUCAUAAUAGCGGGGUGUUUGGCCGCUGGUUCUGGUUCCGGUUCUGGAACCGAUUGUUCGUUUAUGCAAUGCCUUCUUUUGUUUUUUUAGCUUCUUUUAAUUAUUUUUAGUGUAGAAUAGAAUAUUAAAAUUAGUCAAAUGUAUAUUAGUGGAAGUGGAAAACAAGUUCUUGGAGCAAUUGUAUUAGAAUAGUUUUGUUAAGGAAUGCGCAAAAAAGACAAACAAAGUGAAAUAAGAAUAAUGGAGCAAAACGACACAUACACACAAAAGAAAGGACUUCAUUUUUUUUAAAACGCCAGUGAGACUAUUAGACAAACAAGUGAGCCUUUUAAAAAUUUCGCUUCCCGAUGGCCGUGUGUUGAAGAUUAAACUUGUUCUUUUUUGUUGUGUUGUGGUAGAAAAAUGCACUUUUUUAAUUCCAUUUUGUUAAGAGAGAGAGAGAGAGCGAUUGUUAAAUUAUGUUUAAUGUGAAAUUUUUGCAACCACAUGUGGUGUAGGAAAUGGUUUGGAGGAAUGGUCGCUUCCGUUUUAGUAAAUAAUGAGGCUAUACAUAUACAUACACGAGAGAGCGAGAAGAAGAGAGAGAGAGGAACUUCUAGGAGAAAAAUGAAGCCUGUUGUUAGAAAAUAUAAAUUAGCAAAAAAAAGAAAAUCCUUUUAAAAAAUCGUUUUGUUUUGUCAAUCAUUAGCAUAAGCAGAUAGAAGAACCAGGUAUACAGCGCGAUGGAAACAUUUAAUAGUGAGUAGUUUAGUAUGAGGAAAAACGUUAUAGCAAAUAUAUUAUACCGUAUAUGAUGAAUAUACACACACACACACACACACACACACAUAGAGAAACUCCCCAUGCGGUGAUCUAGUUGUCAUACACAAAUCUUCCAUAAAUUAGACCCCAAGCGAAACAACACAUACUCAAAAAACGGAACAAAUGUAUGUAUACUCAGCAACUCAACAGCCACGCACUGAUAACAUAGACAUACCGAUAGUACAUGGAAGCGCAUAAUACAUUACGAUAGUUGGUAGUGGAUAUAUACAACAGUGCAGCAACAGAAGAACAACAAACCAACUUAACACUUGGUAGUAUAGCAAAAGAGAGAUACAAUAUACUGAGAGAGAGAGAGAGAGAGAGAGAGAAAGAGCGAGAUGAUUGUUUACAAUAUGCAAAACCUCAUACAACAGCACAAUAGUGUAAUAGUAACGAAGUACACCAACACCUAGAGAUACUCUGGCGAUCCAACCUACUGCGAUACUCUGGGCGAAUGAUUGGACGUUGGUAGAAGCGUUGUUGUCUUUGUUAUAACCAUAGUAGGUACUUCCAACAGAACAUCAUGAUGAGCAGAUGUACAAACGCAGCAAUAGUACAUUCUAAGUAGCAGAGCCCGGAAUAAUGCAAUAAUACACGCGCAAAGCAAAUCAACAGCAUCACUGGAAGAGAAAUAGUACUAAUAAAAAAACAACAACGUAUUUAUUAUUAAAACUGUUUGGGUGUGUAUGGCUUUUUGUUUUAUUUCACUUUUCUGGAACACGUUAUUCUCGAGUGCCCGGGGUUCAUCGAUGGCCCAUGACGAUUAGUGAUUAGCGGGUCGACUCGAACCUACCGGGUUGGAGCCAUCCGUAAGCGACCCGGAAUCGUUCGGAUAGUAUUCCUAGUCCCAACGAGUUCGCGUCGACCCGGGGGUGAAGUGAGUACGAGUUGUCCUGUGAGUUCGACGAGUUCGGUUUAAUCCAUCCAUCCAUGGGUCGUCUCGGACUCGUUGCACCCACGAGUCGAACUCGAUUCCCACAGGCUCGCACCCGACUCCGGGACGAUCCGUGAAAAGAGUCGUAUGACCCAUCACUAAUGACGACCCUGUAUGUGCUGCAGCAGAUGCAGCUGGCCGAGCUUCGCCUAGAUAAUUCGAUUAGUCCUUGCCACCUUGCAACAUACCCAGAGCACAUAUUUGCGCUACAUUCCUUUUUUGAGAAGUUCACUUUUGAACGCUGGGAUGGUCUCACCAGCUCCAACAGUUAUUAAAGAUGAUCGUGAUCGUGAUCGUGACAGUGUGAAUACCAUGUUAAAAUCUUUGGCCCAGCGUUGACUGCUGACCGACUGACACUGACUCCAUCUAAUUAACUGGCUUGAUGGAGCUCUAGCAUCAGGUUUCUAGUUGCCAGCGGCUUACUGGACCUACCCUCUGCGAUCAGUAGAAUAUCGGUGUGUACGGCAUCGUCAGCUCCAUUUUCGGUGGAAUACCAAUGGCUUGAAUGCUGGUCGUUUGACAGUCGUCAAGAAGCUUCCUACUCCGUUAUUCUCUAGCAAGUAAUCUGGACAUGUUUGGCAAAGGUUUUCUAUUUAAAUUUUGCUUUGCUCUAUUUAAAUUUUUCACAACGUGAUCGUUAACCUUGGAGUGAUCGCCAUCCUGGGAUAAUGUGCUUCCAGGUUAGUCCAGUUAGUGGGGAAGCUUAGGGAUGUUGUUUGUCUUUUCUAUUCUAUUAUAGAAAUUCUAUUAUAGAAUAUUAUUAAAAAAUUCUAUUUUAUAUUAAACUUUAGCUAAAGUUUAGUUAAAGAGACGCUCCGAUACGAGUUUACGUUUUUAGCUAGAAUACAAGCAGCAAAAAAAUAAAUCUUCCGGCUUUAUUAUACAUUUUAUUCUGUUUAGUUAUGUUUUAAUAAUAUUUUAACGAUGUUUUAAAUUCUACAUAAAUUUACGACGGCGCACGAGCCACUGCAUUCGAAAACUUUAACAAGCUAAUUAAGAAGACAUUUUGUAGGAUAAAGAUAUUGUUCAUCCCUGACAAACUAUGCACCCUUACUCGCUAUACUCACUUUUUUUUAAAGUAUUCAUAACUUGCAAUGUUUUAGCUUAAUGCUAUAAUGCUCUAUAAUGUAAAAGUCUGUCUGCAUGCAUUAAUCUCGUUUGGAUCGAUGUUUUUUUUUAUUCGUGGUAACUGCUAUUAAAAUGUGAUGUUCAGUAGAGACUACUUAACCACACAGGAAUGUUGGUAUCUCAAGGGGGAAGAAAUGCACUCCAGAACACUUCCACAGUGCGUCAGUUUAAGUAGUACAACUAUACGAUCUGCUUCACUGUGGAAAAUAACUUUCCCUCUACUCAACUCUACAAUGCUCCGAACGAUUGCCAUAUGAUGGCUUUCUACAUUUUUCUACAUUUAUAGCUAAGAAAGAAAGGUCAGUCCCAGAUUAGAAUCGAACCCCACGAUCGUCGGUGUGUUAAUUCACCGAGCGUCGAAGUGCGUGACCGACAGGAUACCUCUACAUGACUAGGAUAUGCUAAAAAUGUGUUUUUGUCUUAAAUUUUUGCUUUAAGUUCAACGUGCUUUGCAGUAACAGUUUUAUAAAUAAAACAGGGUUCGCCAUAUUUAUAUCAGCAAAUCUCAUCCAAUUUGAGGCACGGGUUCCUUCCCUUUUUUUCUAACAAGUUUCAUGUAUGUUGGAACCGAAAUUGACAGUGUAGAAGGAGAAAUGUCAUCGUGAGGCGGAGCCCUGUAAAGGUCCAAACAAUUGAAGGGUUCCGUGGGAGGAAGAGAAAACGAUGCACAAGCGAGCUAUCAGGCAGUUAUCGUUCAGUUGCCGCCAAGGAAGCACUAUUUUGAAAUUGUAAAUCAUUUGUACGAUCCGAAUGUUUGCGUGAAUAAAGUAGAUUUACCGAA